UCAUUUCGCAAAACCCCUAAAAAAGCCAAAAGCAAAAAGAGAAUAAAGCGGCGGCGCUCGGAAGCAGAGAGCAAUGGCGAAGUCGAUGAGAUGCAAGAGAGAGAAGAGGCUGCGAGCUAUUCGCAGAGACAUGGUGGAGCCCUACUACGAGAAGAAAGACGAGGCCAAGCUCGCUGCCCAAGAAGCUGCCCUCGCUGCCCCUAAGCUGCCCGUCAAGUCCUCCUCUAAGGCCUCGUCUUCCAUGGAGUUCACCCCCGUCAGCACCUCCACGCCGUCUGAUAACGGCAUGGAUGUGGAGAUGGCUGAUGGCAGUCAGACAAAGAGUUCAUUAAAGCCGUUUGGUGGGGUGGGUAAGAAAUCCCAACGGGUGUUCAAGGUCGGCAAGAGAAGGCGUCACGGCAAGGGCAAGGGCUCAAAGGUUAAGAGGCGUCAUAUCUGAGAGGCUGAUGUGUGUUGCCAUCUUAGAGAGAUUUAACUAGAUUUUGAGAAAUUGCUAUUGUGGUUUACACUUGAUAUAUGACAUUAUAUGUAAUCUGUGAGGUAGCUCCCUUCUGAGGUUCCAAAUUAAAAUCAUUGCUGAGGUGUUCAUUUGAUGAAAUAGUGUGGAACGGGGUUCCUCGAGUAGCUAACCGCGCAGCUGCCUGUCAAAGCUAGCCAUGGCAAGGUUGUGCUCCUCGGAUUGGGCAAAUGUGCCCCCAACCUCCCUCCUGCAAGUUUUGAGAAAUGACGGGCUUCCAGGCCCUCCCUAGCCCUCUGUUCUGCUGUUUCUUUUGGUCUUUGUUAUGGAUUUCUGUCUUUGUCUAGUUUUAGAAGUAAGCUAGUUGCUUUUUCUCAUUGUUUCGUUGUAAGUUUUUUUUCUGUGGCUUCCGCCCUUGUUUUUUAAUCGAAAGGUUCGAGUAUUGAUUAAAAACAAAUCAUUGCU